UUUAAGAAAAAUGAUGGACAGUAUGGCUUCAAGGGAAAGCAUCAUUGUUUACAAAAGCGUUUUAUCAGUGUUUACACAAGAAUUUAGCCUUGUCGUGUGGCUUCAUGUGCGACCGGAAAACGAACCCCCAAAAAUUGGGAAUUGAACAGACUUGCGGUAAAAGUUGCUGUUGUGCCGCGCCAGGAAUCCCAGGUAUCCCUGGGAGCGCUGGUCCCGCGGGACCAGCUGGGGUCGCGGGAUCGCUCGGCCCGCAAGGACCCAUAGGACCGCGUGGGGAGCGAGGCUAUGAUGGCAAACCAGGAAGCCAAGGCCCUCCAGGACCCCAGGGACCUCCAGGGACGCCGACAAGUAACUGGAAACAGUGCGUUUGGAAAAAUAUCAACGACGACAUGGACACUGGACUGCUCAAGGAAUGUCUUUUCAAUAAAAAGUCAGACAAAACUGGUCUGCGCGUGUACUGGAAUGGCAACCUUCGCAUCUAUAACUGCCAUGACUGCUGCAGACGAUGGUAUUUUACCUUCAACGGAGCCGAGUGCUCAGUUCCGGAUGCGAUUGAUGGCGUGGUCUAUAUGGUACAUGGGGAUGGCGCCAAAAAGAACUUGCUCCGCCCUCACCAUAUUGAAGGAGUGUGUGAGAACAUCGCCAAGGGCACUGUCCGCGUGGGAUUCUGGGUCGGUAAUUGUGCUGGUUACGGAUCUGCUGACGCGUACACGGGUUGGAACUCAGUGUCCCGGAUCUAUGUGGAAGAAGUACCACCCCCGCAGGCUUAAAUUCCGCUGAGAGACGACAAUAAAAUUCCAAGUUCGGUUUUGGAGUAGACUAGGUAGAGACACUAUGAAACUGGGCAAAAUAAAAUAAGUUCUUAAGAGUUAUUGUAAGAAGAUAGUAGGGAUCUCAGUUUGGGCUUUAGCCGCUUUUGGCAAGAUCCUGCUGAUAAUGAUGUCAAAGUAACCAUAAAUAAAUGACUUGGCAUGGAAAUAAA